CAAUCCAUAGUACAUAUACAUAUCAGUGGAUCUAGUAAGUGAUCAAGUAAGUGACGUGCAUUGUGCGUAGUUGACGAUAGUGAAGGGCAUACAUAGCAAUUAUGAAUAGUAUUCCUGUACAAUUGGGAACACUAUUCAGGUCAUAGCGAUCGAUAACCAAGCAGUGAAGAAAUUUAAGUGAAUCGAACUUUUUAAGCGAGAUACGAUGAGGAGAGUACAGACUAAUAAUCAAACAUGGUCGUUCCAUACAAGUGCAAAUGCAAGUUCUAGUAAUUUCUGGCCUGAACUUUGUCAGAUGAAUCAGUUCAAACAUUCUGUAUGUGAGAAGAAAACAAAGGAUACUGGAGAGAGUGACCAGAUAAUAAAUUUGGAUGAUUUGGAAUAUCCUGAACUUAAUAGCACGACUGUUAGCGACAAGAAUGCUGUUGCAUUAAAGAAACAGUUUUCGGCGAAUCCUACUACAGAUCUUGUACCGCUUGCUCAAUUCAAUGAAGAACCAAAGAGAUCAAGAAGGUGUAGAAGAACAGAUAAAAUCUGUAUUAAUCUUCGAGAUGCUUUGGAAAACACCAGAUACACGAAUAAAAUGAACAACAGAGCACUACCAAAAUUUAGGAUCAACAUUUUUAAGGGAAUUUCUGGAGUAACACCGUCAAAUAUUGUAGACAGAAACAAUAUUCCUAAUUUCAAGAAAGUUAAACUUUCUAUUUCCAAAGAUUCUAGGUUAAAAAGAAUAAUUCUGUUAAAUCGAAACAUGAAAGCACAAACCAAUAUGUAUAAAAGAGAGGCUUUCGAGCGUGAAAAAAUACAGGCUAUUUAUAAAGAUAUCGAUAGUAUCAAUUUUAAUGCCUUAAAAAUCACUGCGGAUCCUGAAAUAGAUGUAGAUUAUGCUAAACGUAUGUGUACAAUGACGUUGUAUGGCAAAGAUUUCAGAUCUCGAAAUGCAGAAAGCAUUCCUGAAAGCUCUGUAUAUUACAGACCAGAUGUAAUUGAACAGGUAAAUAAUCUUUGCAUUCAAAAGACAUUUGUACCAAAUAAAUUCUUUCAAAGACCUUAUCGAUUCCACGAUGAAAAAUCUACGAUUCUACGAUUCUGCGAUGAAAAAUCUAAAAGACGUCAUCGAUUGUACGAUGAAAGACCUAAAAGACCUUGCCCAUUGUUCGAUCAUGUAGUUGUAAAUGAUAUUGUAAAACGUACGCUUUCCCUUGAAAUAACGGAUGAUACCGAACAUAAUAUUAAACAAGAGAUUAAACAGGAGAUUAAACAAGAACCUACAAAUAACGAAGAAGAUCUUAAACAUUAUCUAGUAUAUUCUCGAAAUUUUAGAGAAUACUGUACGAACAUGUUGACACAUCACUUGACCAGUAGUUUAGAAAUAUUUCUGCGAGAAAUUACAAGGCUCCAAAAAAGAUAUCACGAGAAAAAUCCGAGCAAAUCGAGAUACAAACGGCGUUACUAUUCUGGUUUGAAGGAAGUACGGAAGCACGUUGAAUUGAAGAAGAUUAAAUUUGUGAUCAUCGCUCCUGACCUCGAAAAGGUCGAACUCGAAGGUGGACUAGACGAUGAAGUUGCCAAGCUGCUCGAUGCAUGCAGGAUGCAAAACGUCGUUUUCUGUUUCGGUCUUGCACGGCGAAAAUUGGGAUAUUAUUCUCAUGGAAAAGGAUUCGUCGCCUGCAUCGGUGUUGCGAAUUACAGUGGCGCCGAAGAACUAUUCAGGAACGUCUUGAUCCAACUGGUGUACGCCAGGAACGUUUUCAAAAAGCUUCAUGGCGCCACAGACGCCAUCAUCGAUAUAUCGAAACUCGUUUCGGAUGAUGAUCUGCUCUCGGAUAUUAUUACCACUCUUCUAAAAGUUUUGUCUCCCAAUUAUAUACAUACCAACGUGUGUUGAUUAAAAAAAAAAAAAAACAAUUUGUAUUUAAAGUUACAUUUAUUAAUAUUAAUUUCAUGUCGUUUGUCAGAAUGGUAAUUGUAAUCCCGGGAAUACAGUCGAUAUAUGUAUAAUCGAUCGAAUCGAUAGAGAUUCAUUAUGUGACGCCAGUGAAGACGGUGCGCAGUUACAAUAGAGUUUUCGAAUAUUCGAUACAUUUAGUUAUGUUUAAUCAUAAUAUAAUAAGUUUUCUACAUACUUGAUACUAUUGUUGAUACUACGAAUCUCAGACGAAUUACUCAUGCUCGAGAAGUAUUGUCACAGUUUCGAAACUUUAAACACCGAAUUAUACGUAUCCCAAGGUACACCGAUGAAAAUACGUAUUUAGAAAUGCAUUGAUUGAUACUCGUUCCACGUCGUUCGUUAGAGUGGUAAUUGCACGUAUGGAAAUGGAUUAUGAAUCGAUAUGUAACCAAUGGAUAAUGGGUUUUGUGUAAUAACAGCGAAUACGAUAUUCAGUUCUGGUACAAUUUUUAUACGUUUUAUAUGUUUGGUUAUGUUUGAAUAAAACAUAAGGUGCUUC